AUGGCGACGCCUCCCAAAUACAUCAGCCCUCUCGAGCGUGUCACCAGUGUCACGAACCGAGUCUUCUCCAACUCCCUCCCAGAUCCAUCGCCCAUCGCCCAGGCCUCACUUGCCCGGGAUAUCGAGGAAGACACGGACGAGGAAACCACAGAGACAGAGUCCGAAUCAGAGGGUUCUACGCUGCGGCCUUCCACAUCUGCUCCAGGAACAGGGGGAUAUUCAUUUGUGGGAUCAUACCGCAGACCGAGCUUUGCUGGAGCGGGAAACAGAGCUACCCUCCUACCCCGCCUUGCACCAGAACAUGAGCGACUCUCCAAGGAAGAGAGACAGCGGGCAAUGGAGGAGGAACGGUCGCUACUGAGAGACAACAAUCUAAUACCACCCAAACACCCUCAGACCGCGGGCGACCAAGGCAGUCGCAGGAGAAGCAUUUUCCAUAUACCUGGCGGUGACCGCAAAAUCCCUCGAGAUGAAGAGGCAGUCCCAGCGGUGGAGGUUAACGCCGGCCUUGCAACUGAGGUCUCGCCGUUGUUAGGUGACCCAGGCCUCCCUUAUGGCGGACAAGAUGACGCCCAGACCAUCAAUCAGAAGUGGGAGGAAGCUGUGGCAGCAGGCAUGAUUCACACAACCUGGCAGCGCGAAGCCAAAGUAAUUGCUCGGUACUCUGCGCCGUUGAUGGUAACCUUUAUGCUCCAGUAUUCGCUCACCGUCGCGAGCAUUUUCACGGUUGGACAUAUCGGUACAGUGGAGCUAGGGGCAGUGAGCCUGGCAUCUAUGUCUGCCAACAUCACUGGCUAUGCCAUUUACCAAGGUCUAGCCACGUCUCUUGACACCCUCUGUGCGCAAGCCUACGGAUCCGGCCGCAAGAAACUGGUCGGCCUGCAAAUGCAGCGCAUGAUCUACUUUCUAUGGACCAUCACCAUACCCAUUGCCAUCAUCUGGCUCCUUGCGGACAAAAUUCUCCUUGCCCUGGUCCCCGAACCAGAGGUCGCUAAGCUCGCAGGCCUGUAUCUGAAGGUCGUCCUCUGUGGUGCACCUGGCUAUGCAGCCUUUGAGUCCGGGAAACGCUUUGUCCAGGCUCAGGGGCUCUUCUCAGCCUCUCUCUAUGUUCUCCUUUUCUGUGCCCCGUUUAAUGCUUUCAUGAACUGGCUGUUCGUCUGGAAGCUGGAAAUGGGGUUUGUGGGAGCCCCUAUCGCUGUGGCCAUCACAGAUAAUUUGCUCCCACUAGGUCUCUUCAUCUACGUCCGUUUCUUCUCCAAGACCGGUAUGUCGUGCUGGAACGGAUUCACAAAAAAGGCGUUACAGAACUGGGGACCCAUGGUCAAACUAGCCUUGCCAGGGGUGGUGAUGAUUGAAGCCGAAGUUCUCGCAUUCGAAAUUUUGACCUUUGCUGCCUCGUAUUUCGGCACGACAGUCCUCGCCGCACAGUCUGUUCUCGCCACACUCACCUCGAUCACAUUCCAGAUCCCCUUCCCCCUGUCUAUUGCUGGCUCCACGCGGGUCGCAAACCUCAUCGGUGCCACAUUGGCAGAUGCCGCAAAAGUGUCAACACGUGUGACCUUCUCCGCUGCCAUUGUCGUUGGCAUCCUCAACGUGACCCUCCUCUCGGCCCUGAAAGACUACAUCCCGCACCUCUUCACCUCAGACCCUGAGGUGGUCCGCAUCGUUAGCGAAAUUCUCCCUCUGUGCGCAGCUUUCCAACUAUUCGAUGCUCUUGCCGCCAACUGUAACGGCGUCCUCCGCGGCCUAGGUCGACAAGAAUUCGGCGGUUACGUGCAGCUGUUCUGCUACUAUGUCUUUGCAAUGCCAAUCAGUUUCGGCACGGCGUUCGGUGCCGGCUGGGGGCUUUGGGGACUUUGGACCGGUGUGGCCCUCGCGCUGGGCCUGGUGGCUGUGAUUGAAUUCGUGUACCUCGCACGGACCGACUGGCAGAGGAGCGUCGAGGAAGCGAGGGCCAGGAAUCUAGAAAGUGGCCAGUGA